AUGGGACAAAAACCUGCAAGUAUUCGAUCAACAUGCUGCAUAUGUAAUCAAGGCAGAGACGCCUAUAAAUGUGAAGAAUGUUCACGGUACUUUUGUUUCGAUCAUAAAACAGCACAUCGUCUAACACUUAGCAAACAACUCGGUGAGAUUGAAACUGAUCGAGAUCAGUUUCAUCGAAAACUUAUUCAACAAAAAGAAGCUUCAAGAAAAUUUCCUUUGAUACAAGAAGUUAAUAAAUGGGAAGAGGAUUCAAUUAAGAAAAUUAAACAGACAGCAGAAGAAUAUAGACAAAUAUUAAUUGAAUAUCAAAAUAAACACUAUAUUGAAAUAGAAAAACAGUUAUCCCAAUUAACUGAACAAUUGAACAGAAUUCACCAAGACAAUAAAUGUAAUAAAAUUGAUUUACAGCCAAUUAGAACUAAAUUAACAAAACUAGUUGAAGAAUUGGAUCCAUCGUCCAAUAUUAAGAUUUCGGAAGGUUCAGCAUCAUUUGUUAAAACGAUUUCAAUUAUACUAGCCCCUGGAAAUCAUCAAGAAAGGAAAACUAGUAAUACUGAUUCAAAUCAGGGUCCAACACAACUAACUGAAGAACAUAAGCAACUCAAAAACGUUUCAAACCCUAAUGAUUCUAAGAGUUCGAUGGAUAAAUCAUCUGGUCAAAAAUGUCCUCAUCAACAUGAUGAAAAUCGUGAUGAUAGUUGCAAUUUAAGUGAUGACGUUUGCAAGAUUGAUUUCAUGUCGCUGAUGAAUGAUGACGCUUCAACAACAUUAGUCAAACUUUGUAAUUCAGAAAAUCAACAUAAAACUGAUGACAACCGUGACACAAAAUCAAAUUGUAGUAAUUUGCAACAUGAUGCAGAAAGUAAAAUAGUUAAUGAUAAUUAUUCUGACGCUUCUACUACAAGUAUAACAUUUAUUAACCCGACAAUAGGUGGUGAUAUAGGAUUUCGAGGUGGUGGCGUCGUACGAAGAAGACGAUUUAGUUCAAGUGUUCGUAGUAAGAUAAGUUUAAAUGAACAUGAAAAAUGUGAUUGUCUUUGUCUUCUAGAUAAUCGUAGUGAUAGCAGUAGUCGUAAUGGAUUCACAGUUAAUGAUAAUGAUUUUGACCAGUCAAGUACAAGUACAAAAUUUAUUAAGUCAACAAUUCGUGGUGGUUUUAACAGUGGUAAUAUUGGAUUUCGAGGUCAUCGAGACGCACUCAGAGGACGAUUUAAUCCAAGUGGUCCUAAUAAUCGUGGUCGUAGUGAUGACGACAAUUGUUACAAGUGCCACAGACCGGAUCAUAUAUCUCAUGAUUGUCCUGAAGAAACUGUUGGUGUUGAUGGUUUCCGUAGUUCUGGUGAUCGAAGAAAAAAUAAUCGAGUUUCUGACGAUAUUUUCAAUCAACCUGAUGUUCAUCCUUGUCCUCAACCAACUGAACAUUAUGUUUCAUCCGCUUCACCAACAACCGAAAAUAAUAUAUUUGGUGAAACAGUUACUAAAGGUCAAAAUUUUGAAAAAUAUCAUCAAACUCAAGUACUCUGUACACCACUAAACAAAAUCAAACCAAUUGAAUUAUAUAGAGAAGCUAUUCCUACGACACAAAUUUUAUCAAAUAUCCGUCGUGCCCAUUUUCAAAAACCAACAACUAUUCAACGUUAUGUUAUACCUAGUAUACGACAACAAGAUGAUCUCAUUGUUUGUACUCAAAGUGGAUCUGGUAAAACAGCUGCUUUUCUUUUACCAAUUAUUUCAAAUUUACUUGAAUAUCAUGAGGAUGAAUUAUUUACGCGAGAUGACCCACCAUCACCACUUUGUCUUAUUGUUUCAGCUACACCUGAUCGUGCUUUACAAAUAAAAUGUGAGGCAAGAAAAUUUGCAUUUCAAACUGCUGUUAUAUCGUGCUCUGCUGUUGGUGAUCAUGAUAUGUAUGUUGUAUCGGACCAGCUUCAAAAAGGUUGUCAUAUUCUAUCAGCUACUAUUGGUCAUCUUAAAGAUAUGGUUGAAAAAGGCCGAAUUUCAUUGAAAAAGGUUAAAUACUUUGUUCUUGAUGAAGCUGAUCGAAUGUUAGAUGCAGGCGUUGAACUUGAUAUCCGUAAAUUAGAAGAUCUUGGUUUAGUACCAAAAGAUAGCCGCUUUACAUCAAUAUUUUCUACAACAUUUUCUAAUGAAGUACAACAAUUAGCUAAACAUUAUCUGCGUGCCAAUUAUGUAUUUCUUGAUGUUAGUACGCUUGAUGGUAUCGAUACAGAUAUUGCACAGACAAUUGAGGAAGUAUCGUCUUCGAAAAAGAAAGAUCGUCUUUUUCAAUUAAUCAAACAAAUUUGUAAAUCUGAACGUUGUUUGAUAUUUGUUGAAACGAAACGACGAGCUGAUUAUCUAGGUGCAUUACUUUCACAAAAACAUUUCAUGAGUACAACAGUGCAUGGUGAUCGAACGCAAAGACAACGACAGGAAGUUGUACAACAAUUUGCAAAUGGAAAAUAUCCAAUACUUGUUGCAACAUCAGAUGUUGUUCGUGGUCUAAAUUUGCCUCAAAUUGAUUAUGUUAUUAAUUAUGAUUUUCCAGAUACAAGUGACUUUGAUACAUGCCGUAUUGGUCAAGCUAAUUAUCUGGGUAAAUCAAUAUCAUUUUUUGAUCCUGAUCGAGAUUCCGAUCGGAAAAUUGUACCUGAACUCAUAUUAAAAUUAAACGAAGCUGGUCAACGGGUACCUGAAUUUCUUAAAAAAUAUACUGAUAGCAGCCAAGUUCAACUUUAUAAAGAUAAUCAUAGUUCGCGAAAUAGCUACAUGCGUUCCGAAGAUGAUCAUACUGCUGGUCAAAAUUGA